AUGGAUGAACCUUCGGGGUCCUCUUGGUCCUCGGUAUCGACCGAUGUCCUGCUUGCCGAGCUCGCGCGCCGGCAGGGUGCAGACACCCCGGGUGAGAGACCCGCCUGCGGAAGCAGAGAAAGGGGCGCAUACGACACGCCGCUGCACGUAUUUGCCGUCGUCUUGAUCCUGACUUUGAGCACCUUGGCUUGUGGUUUCCCACUGUUUUCGCGCCGAGCAUCGCAGAGCCGCCGAUCGAAUCGAAUAGUCUUCCUCAGCCAACACUUCGGCACCGGAGUGCUGCUAGCCACGGCCUUCGUCCACCUCCUGCCGACCGCAUUCACGUCGUUGAACGAUCCGUGCUUGCCGUAUGUCUUCAGCCAGGGAUACCGGCCGAUGCCGGGCCUUGUUGCUAUGGUGUCUGCAUUAGUGGUCGUCGCUUUGGAGUCAUAUCUCACAACAAGGGGUGCUGGCCAUUCCCACAACCACGCGCAUGCUUGGGACUCGGAUGACGGGACCGAGCAGGGCCACCACGGGCAUUCUCGCCCUGACGGCGCAGGUAAUGCACGGAGCCUUGCGGCCAAACGUGCGCCAAGCCACAGACCAGCAGAUAUUCCUCUGCAAGACCUGGGCGACAGGGAGGGUCUCAUGGCCGGUGUCUCCCCUCUUCCGGAGUCCUCGCCCAGCUCGGUGCCUCCCGCGAGCGGCAAUCCAUUGAUUAGGAAGAACGGCGAUGAGGAUGAUGAUGAUCUAGACUUUGAUCUCGAUGAAUUGGACCCAUCUGCCGAGGAUGAUGCGCGGCCGUUGGCAGGUUCUGCUGCGCAGGCACCUUUGGGAUCGACUGCUUCCGGUAUUCCUAAUCCGGAAGAACAGAAAAGGCUCAUGAUCCAAUGUCUGCUGCUAGAGGCAGGCAUCCUGUUCCACAGCAUCUUCAUUGGCAUGGCUGUUUCGGUCGCCACGGGCCCGCCCUUCGUUGUCUUUCUGAUUGCGAUCGCCUUCCACCAGACGUUCGAAGGGUUGGCCCUAGGCUCCCGCAUCGCUGCUAUCCAGUUCCCCAAACACUCCAUCCGGCCCUGGCUCAUGGUUCUCGCAUAUGGCAUGACAACACCUUUCGGGCAGGUCAUUGGCUUGAUUGUACACAACAUGUACGACCCCAUGAGUCAGACUGGUUUGCUCAUGGUUGGUUUCAUGAACGCAAUCUCUAGUGGGCUGCUACUGUUUGCUGGCUUGGUACAGUUGCUCGCAGAAGACUUCCUGACAGAGAAGAGCUACAAGACCCUCAAAGGCCGAACCAGAAUGCACGCGUUUUUGGCAGUGAUAGGCGGUGCAGCUCUGAUGGCUCUGGUCGGUGCUUUUGCAUAG